CUUCAACCAUCCACCCCAACAUCAAGCCCCUACCUACCUACCCACAAACAAAAAGCCUACAGUACACCACCACAAAAGAAAAACACUCCACAUCCACUAAAAUGCGCCUCCCCUACGCCCCCGCAACCCCACCCGCCAACUCCCCGGCCAAAGUCAGCGAAAUCUACGCCCGGAUCGCGGCACGCCGGUCGCCGCGGCCGCUCAUCCCGCUCGACCUCUCCCUGCUGCACUCGCCGCCGGUGGCGGACGGGUGGAACAGCUUCCUGGGGGCGAUCCGCACGGAGACCGUGAUCGACCCGGGGCUGCUGGAGCUGGCGGUGUGCCGCGUGGCGGUGCUGACGGGCGCCGUGUACGAGUGGAACGCGCACGCGCCGCUCGCGCUGAAGGGCGGGGUGCAGGCGGCGGAGCUGCAGGCCGUGCGGGAGCUGGCCUCCACGGCGGAGGAGGAUGCGCCGCCGGCGGCGCUCCGGGGAAGCGCGCUGAGUGUGAGGCAGCAGGCCGUGGUCAAAUAUGCGGACGAGAUGACGCUGCGCGUGUCGGUCAGGGAGGGGACGUUUGCGGCGCUGCGGGCGGAGGGGGCGGGCGGGCUGAGUGACCGCGAGGUGGUGGAGUUGACGACGGGGGUGGCGGGGUAUAACUGUGUGAGUCGGGUGCUGGUGGCGUUGGAUGUGGGGGAGAAUAAUGGGCGGGAGAUGAAGAGUGUGGAGGAGUUGGUGGAGGGGUUGAAGAAUUAG